AUUCAUUCAUAAUAUUUUACCCUAAAACAUGAGGAAAAAAAUCGACAAUCGCAUAAGAAAUCUUAUUGAAAACGGCGUUACUCUCGGACACAGGAGCCUUUUUUUUAUAGUUGGUGAGAAAGCGAGGGAUCAAGUUGUCAUCUUACAUCACAUAUUAUCAAAAGCUGUAGUUAAAUCUAGACCUAAUGUGUUGUGGUGCUACAAAAAAGAAUUAGGCUUUAGCAGUCAUAGAAAAAAGAGGAUGAAACAAUUAAAAAAACAAAUAAAAAAUGGAAAUAUGGAUAUUAAUGAAGAUGAUCCAUUCGAAUUUUUUAUAUCUUCCACGAAUAUACGUUAUUGUUAUUAUUCAGAGACCAAAAAUAUAUUAGGUAACACAUAUGGCAUUUGCCUACUGCAGGAUUUUGAAGCAUUAACACCAAAUAUUUUGGCUCAAACAAUUGAAACAGUUGAAGGGGGUGGAUUAGUUAUAUUUCUCUUAAAUAAUAUAUUAUCUCUAAACCAAUUGUGCAAUAUGACUAUGGACAUACAUUCACGAUAUAAAACUGAAGCUCAUAAAAAUAUUAUAUCAAGAUUUAAUGAAAGAUUUUUAUUGUCAUUGACCACAUGUAAAAGAUGCUUGGUAUUAGAUGACAAGCUUAAUAUAAUACCCAUAUCAUCAAACAUUAUCAACAUAGAAAAGUUGCCUCCUAAACCUCAGGAAGAAAAUUUACCGAUGAAUCAAAUCGAAUUAAAAAAUCUAGUGGAGUCUUUUCAAGAUGUUCAAACUACUGGGCCCAUAUUGAAGCUUACCAAAACUUUAGAUCAGGCAAAAGCGUUGCUAAAAUUUGUAGAUAUAGUAUCCGAAAAAGUUAUCAAAAGCACGAUUUGUCUUACCGCGUCUAGGGGUAGGGGUAAAUCGGCCUGCUUGGGUCUAUCCAUCGCCACCGCUAUCGCUUAUGGGUAUUCCAACAUAUUCGUCACAUCCCCAAAUCCGGAAAAUUUAAAAACGCUCUUUGAAUUCCUUUUGAAAGGUUUUGUGGCAUUAUCCUACGAGGAACACAUAGAUUAUGAAACAAUUAGAUCCAGUAAUUCGGAGCACAACAAAAAUGUGAUUCGGAUAAACGUGUUCAAACGGCACAGGCAAACUAUCCAAUAUGUAUCACCAAACGAGAGCGAAAAAUUAGGACAAUGCGAAUUAUUGGUGAUAGAUGAAGCCGCUGCCAUUCCACUACCUACCGUGAAAAAAAUGCUCGGCCCUUACAUCUGCUUUAUGUCUUCAACCGUUAGUGGUUAUGAAGGCACGGGCCGAUCCUUAUCCCUUAAACUUUUCAAACAAUUGCGUCAAAAAUUUGCAAAAUCGUCCUUACCAAAUCCCAUAGCCAAUAGCGACAAUUCCCUCAACUCUUUUCACGAAUUAAAGCUGUCCGAGUCUAUAAGAUAUGGCCAGGGGGACGAUGUGGAAAUCUGGCUCAACGAUGUAUUAUGCUUGUCUAAUAAGUUUGCUCCAGAGACUAAACAGGGGGCUUCCAAUUUAUCCGAGCGAAAUAACAAUGGAUACAUAUGUCCACCACCCGAUAUGUGCGAAUUAUACAUGAUAAAUAGAGACACGCUAUUCUCAUUUCACAUGGCCUCCGAGGCAUUUUUACAAAAAUUGGUUGGUAUAUACGUGGCGUCACAUUAUAAGAAUUCCCCGAACGAUUUACAAAUGCUAUCAGAUGCUCCUGCUCACCAAAUAUUCUGUUUGCUAGGUCCUUACGAUCCGGCCAAGCCUAGUUUGCCAGAAAUAUUAUGUGUUGUACAGGUAUGCUUAGAAGGUGAAUUAUCGAAAGAAUCUGUGAUCGAUAAUUUGGCAAGAGGUAAAAAAGCUUCUGGAGAUUUAAUACCUUGGAACAUAUCGCAACAGUUUCAAGAUUACGAUUUCCCUCAUCUAGCAGGUGCUCGUAUUAUUAGAAUUGCAACUCAUCCCGAUUAUCAACGGAUGGGCUAUGGCAAAAAGGCCCUUCAAAUGUUGACGAGCUUUUACGAAGCCAAAAUCAUAUCCUUAAAUAAUCGAGAACGCCAAUCAAUUCGGGAAAAUGUUAAAAUUUUGGAUGAUGAAUCUGGGACCGAAUUAAAGCCCAAAACGCACUUACCGCCUUUACUCUCUAAGUUAUCGGAAUGCGACCCUAUUAAAUUAGAUUAUAUGGGAGUAUCUUAUGGCCUGACUAGCGAUCUUCUAAGAUUUUGGAAAAGAACCGGUUUCGUUCCGGUUUAUUUGAGGCAAACGGCCAACGAAUUAACAGGCGAACAUUCUUGCAUAAUGCUUAAACGUUUGAUCUCUUCCUCUAGUCUAAACGGCGCCCACAAAACUAACGAUUGGUUAAACAACUAUUUUCGCGACUUUAAACGACGUUUUAUAAGGUUGUUAUCCUUUCAAUUCCGCCAUUUUUGUCCACAAACUGCAUUGUCACUCAUGCAAAAUCCCAAAGUAAUUUUGUUAGAAAAGGAUGAAGAAAGAGAAGAAUCAACUAAGGAAGCAGACGAAGUCAAAGGCCCGUUAAACUACCUAGAACUCAUCCACCAUUUUACCCUUUCUGACAUUAAACGGCUCACCAUGUAUUCGCAAAAUUUGGUGGAUUAUCAUUUGAUCAUGGAUCUGAUCCCCGUGAUAGCUCAGUUCUAUUUUACUGACAAAUUAUUGGAUUUGCAACUCACUUUGGUGCAACAGUCGAUAUUGGUAGGAAUAGGUUUGCAACACAAAACCGUAGAUAAUUUGGAAAAAGAAUUAAAUUUACCAUCAAGCCAAAUAUUAGGAUUGUUUAAUAGACUAAUUAGGCGCAUAUCAAGUUAUUUAAAUUCCAUUGUUGAAAGAUCGAUUGACAAACAAUUGUUUCAAGAUAUGGAUAAAGAAAUUAUCAUGGAACCCACCAAAAUGGACCUAAAAACAGAAUUGGAUUUGAUGGCUAAAGAAAUAAAGCACAAGCAAGAAUGUGAAAAAAUGAAACUUUUAAACCAAAAUUUUGGACGCUACGCGAUUAAGGGUAGUGAACAUGAGUGGGACAUGGCUCUUGUCGAUGUCAAAGAUACGGAGUUGAAUAUUAUAAGUGUUGGAAGCUUACAAAAAACCGAAAGGAAAAAGGUUCUGAAAAAGGAGAGGCAUUUGAACAGUGGAAAUAUCGAAAACAAACAUAAAAAGAAGAAAAAAUUUAAAAAAAUGAUGGACUGAAUAUCAAUUAGAUUAUAUAUGUAUAUAUCAUAUAAAAUUAUGUUUUAUAUAUUUCUGAAUUUGAAUGAUGGAACGAUUUAAAAUAAA